AUGCUUGUAGUGCGUUGCGUCGUGCCUCCAGCCGUUAUGCACCACGCCGACACGAGAGAGGGCGAAGGAAGCUCAGGCUCGGCGCUGGCUCUCAGUUUCAUUCUCGAGGAUUGGGCGAAAAGAGGUGAAAAUUGGAUAUCUGAGUCGGGUCGUACAAAAGCACCUAAAGUAUUCCUGAUAGAAGAGGCGGACUUCUGCCGGCGGCGUCCUCGCCUGCAGGUGAUCGCCUACGUCCACUCGGCCAUCAGCCGCGUGCAGGAGAGGCAGGAGACCCGCUCCACCUGGGCCAACGCCACGGCGUCUGGCCUCGGCGUGGACAUCGCCGCCGUGUUCAUGGUGGGACGAGCCAAGGACGAGAGGGAGAGGCAGAUUGUUCAGGAGGAAAGUCAGCGGUACCAUGACAUCGUCCAGGGCGACUACGACGAUGAUUAUCAUCUCCUCACGUACAAAGGCCUGACCGCCUUGGCGUGGAUCGCAGAACACUGCGGACGAGUGCCCUGGACCCUCCAUUCUGACGAUGACACUUUCAUCGACAUAUUCACUUACAUGGAGAGGCUGAAAGCGCUCGACGAAACAUCCAAAGACCGCUUCAUCUGCAAUCACAAAGAAGAGCCUGUUUUGCGGACCGGCCGUUGGAAGGUGAACGAAUGGGAAUUUCCAGACGCCGAAUAUCCUACGUACUGCUCCGGCGGUGUCUGGUUCCUGCGAACGAAACUCGUACCGAGGUUACUCGACGCUUGUCGGAUUGUCCCUUUCCUGUGGGUGGACGACGUCUACAUAACGGGCCUGCUAGCGCAGGCGGCGGACGUCAGUCACUUCAACGGCGGCGGACACUGCUUCGAGGCUUUGAAGCCGGCGGACAUUGGGCAAAUGCUUGUUUGGUUUUAUCCGCAAAUGGACAGAAAUAUUUUCUGGCGAAUCUUAAUUGAUUUUCACAGGAAAGUGCCGUUUUCGUUCGUUAUUGUUUAAAGCCAGAGACAUUCGAUGGAACAAUAUAUUCCUCAUAUUAAAAAAAAACAUAUGCAAAAAGUGUUUGAAAAUAUUAUUGAUUGGUGAUACUUAAAAUAUAUGAUUCAAUAGUAUAACUAUAUUCCUACUGUACGUACUGUGUCAUGUUUAAAUAUAAGAGAAUAUUUUGAGAAAAAUAUCACUUUAAGAAAAUGAAUGGUUUACACAUCCAUAAAAUAAACACAAGCAAGAUUAUCUCAGUCACAGUGCAUGAUUAUUUUUGAAUAAAAAUAGUGUAUUAUUUUCCGAGAGAACUCUACUAGUACCGUUAAACAUCUAGUAUUUGGUCGAACUAGAGAAUUGUAUAGCAAAUAUGAGUUUAUUCAGCAGUCUUAAUAUUUUGUGAACAUAAUAAAUUUCCGAGACCAAGCAUAGCUACAUAAACGGAAAACGAGUGGCUGCAAUGCACGCUGACAACAGUGAAAAUCAACAAUGAUAGAUUUUUACUGGUAUAGAAGAAAUCCCUCUCCAAAUACUUUCUGUAUAUUAUUAGACUUCAUAUACC